GAAAACUAGCUUUUUUUGUUCUAUUUCCCGCCGAGCUUCGGUGAGAGGAGCCAUGGUGGAAGGCCAAGAGCCGCCAGCUAAGGAGGGGCAGAAGAACAAGAAGCCCACUGUUCGGAAGCGCAAGGAGGUCUUCAUCUAUGGCAACUACCGCAAUUACUAUGGCUAUCGGAUUGAUCGGAACUUGUCGGAAGAUCCUCGGCUUGCGGUGCUGAAGAGCGAGUGGUUUGAGGGGAAAGAUUGUCUUGAUGUCGGUUGCAAUCAAGGGUUGGUAACCAUCGGCGUAGCGAAGAAGUUCUCUUGUCGAAGCAUUCUCGGGAUAGACAUUGAUCGAGGUUUAAUUGAAACUGCAAAAUGGAACCUGCAAAACGUAGCUAGGAAGGAAAAAAUUAGUUGCGGGUCUUCAAAAGUUUUGGAUUCAGGCAUUUCAGACAGUGGAGGUUGCUCAUCACCGGGGGUGUUUGAGGCCUCAAAAGAUGGAACAUGCAAGUCCGUGUGUGGUAAAUCACUUCUUGAGGAAAGCAACCCUUUGGCUAGAGUUUCUUUCGAGUGCAAAAAUUUUGUUGAGAGUUUGCAUGGAUGCUAUGAAAAGUAUGAUACAAUUCUUUGUUUGAGUGUUGCGAAAUGGAUCCAUUUGAACUGGGGUGAUGAUGGAUUGAUCACAUUAUUUGUCAAGAUAUGGAGAUUUCUUCGACCGGGUGGAAUUCUUAUAUUGGAACCUCAGCCUUGGUCCUCAUAUAAAAGAAACAGGCUGGUGUCAGAGACUGCUAAGGUGAACUUCAGCAAAAUUCUUUUUGAUCCAGCACUUUUUCGAGAAAUACUUCUAGAUAAGGUGGGAUUCAGGUCAGCUGAGGAUGUUACAGACAACUUAUCUGGCAGCAUCUCUGGGUUCAACCGACCAAUUACAGUCUUCUACAAGUAACUUAUUGAAAAACUUGAAAGCAUGGAAGAAUUGACUCAAGGUUAUUAUUUCCAAUAUGAAGACGUAUUUUGUACAACUGGAUUUGACGGGUAGACUAUCUAUGCCACAUCAUCAAGCCGGAUAUAAUCAUUCUCUUGGCUUGAACGGUUGUCUUUUUUAUCACAAUCAAUUUUGUCAAAUACAAGGCUUGCAGAUGCAAAAAAUUUAGAAGAAAAGCUUUUGGUGAAACAUCAAACAUGAAGAACAGCCAGGGGUUGACAGAGGUAUCAUCUUCAAUCCAGAUGCUUUUCGGACAUGAUCUUAAAAGAUUAAAGAUCCUUACUGUAAAUCAAUGCUUAGAUUUUUCGAGUUUUCCAUGCCCAAAGUAUGUUGUACACAUGCACAUAGCUUGUCUUUGCUCCUAUUACUUCCUAUAGAGGAAGCCAUUGUUGUGGAUUUUGGAAGAUGGCAAAAUCAAAUGGCUGCAUGUGAUGUUUGUGUUGUGUUUGUUAGAAGUCUUUGUCAACUUCAGGGUAUCAAUAUGUUUUUUAUUAUGAGCUUCCAGUGCGAAGGCAUUUGUGUUCCUUGUGUUUCAUUUA